GUUGCUGGGGCGCCUCCACCUCCUCUUCCUAAAGCGGCGAGGCGCAGAAGAGCGGCAUCACUCGAGCCCAGGUCCCGGCCACCGCCACACGCUGCGCCCCGCGUUCGGGAGAAGGAGCGGCGGCGGCAACAGCGGCGGGCAGGCGCCAGAAAGGCCCGGGUCGAAAAGCCUGGGAGGGCCGCCGAGCUACCCCCCGGAGGAGGAGCCAGUCCGAGCCCAGGGCGCCACCGCCGCAGGAGCAGUGCGGAGCAGCCGUCGCCUUCAUGGCCCACUCACCGGUGGCUGUGCAAGUUCCCGGGAUGCAGAAUAACAUAGCUGAUCCAGAAGAACUGUUCACAAAGUUAGAACGCAUUGGGAAAGGCUCCUUUGGAGAAGUUUUCAAAGGAAUUGAUAACCGUACCCAGCAAGUGGUUGCUAUUAAAAUCAUAGACCUCGAGGAAGCCGAAGAUGAAAUUGAAGACAUUCAGCAAGAAAUAACUGUUUUGAGUCAGUGUGACAGCUCAUAUGUAACAAAAUACUAUGGAUCAUAUUUAAAGGGUUCAAAAUUAUGGAUAAUAAUGGAAUACCUGGGUGGUGGUUCAGCACUGGAUCUUCUUCGAGCUGGUCCAUUUGAUGAGUUCCAGAUUGCUACCAUGCUAAAGGAAAUUUUGAAAGGUCUGGACUAUCUGCAUUCAGAAAAGAAAAUUCACCGAGACAUAAAAGCUGCCAACGUCUUGCUGUCAGAACAGGGAGAUGUUAAACUUGCUGACUUUGGAGUUGCUGGCCAGCUGACAGAUACACAAAUUAAAAGAAAUACCUUUGUGGGAACACCAUUUUGGAUGGCUCCUGAAGUUAUUCAACAGUCGGCUUAUGACUCAAAAGCUGACAUUUGGUCAUUGGGAAUUACUGCUAUUGAGCUAGCCAAAGGAGAGCCACCCAACUCUGAUAUGCAUCCAAUGAGAGUUCUGUUUCUUAUUCCAAAAAACAACCCUCCAACUCUUGUUGGAGACUUUACUAAGUCCUUCAAGGAGUUUAUUGAUGCUUGCCUGAACAAAGAUCCAUCAUUUCGUCCUACAGCUAAAGAACUUCUGAAACACAAAUUCAUUGUAAAAAAUUCAAAGAAGACUUCUUAUCUGACCGAACUGAUAGAUCGAUUUAAGAGAUGGAAGGCAGAAGGGCACAGUGAUGAUGAAUCUGAUUCUGAGGGCUCUGAUUCGGAAUCCACCAGCAGAGAAAAUAAUACUCAUCCUGAAUGGAGCUUUACCACCGUGCGAAAGAAGCCUGAUCCAAAGAAACUACAGAAUGGGGCAGAGCAAGAUCUUGUGCAGACCCUGAGCUGUUUGUCUAUGAUAAUCACACCUGCAUUUGCUGAACUUAAACAGCAGGAUGAGAACAACGCUAGCAGGAAUCAGGCAAUUGAAGAACUCGAGAAAAGUAUUGCUGUGGCUGAAGCUGCCUGUCCUGGCAUCACAGAUAAAAUGGUGAAGAAAUUAAUUGAGAAAUUCCAAAAGUGUUCAGCAGAUGAAUCCCCCUAAGGAACUUCUUAUUAUUGGCUUCUGUUUCAUACGGACUCAGAGAAACCCACCAAAGCUACUUAAAGCUUAACAAUGCUUAACUCAUGAGCUCCAUGUGCCUUUUGGAUCUUUGCAACAUUGAAGAUUUGGAAGAAGCUCUUCAACUAUUUUGUGAUGGUGUUUAUCAUUUUAUAUCUUAAAGAGAUUAUUUUGUAAGGAAUAACUUUUAAUACUAUAGUUUCACCUGCAUUCUACUAAAUGUUGUGAUACAGUUUUGCUUUUAGGUAUCAUUAUUAAGUUACUGGGAUGAAUACCUUUCAUGUUUUGAUCUUUAGUUAACUGUGCACCCAAGAAACAUACAGGUCUUUCAAAGUCAUCCUAAAUAUUCAACUUUUGUAAAUCAUCAAGACUCAAAACACUUUAUCUUUUAAACCAAGCAUUUUCUAAAAAUGACUACUGGUGGGGAGAUGGAAACAGGUCAUAUCUUCUUAAGACAGAAGUUUUUAAUAAGCUCUUGGCAAUGAAACCUGGAAAAGUAUUGACUCUUAUACAAAAUUGGUAUGAUAUCCCAGGCAGCUCAAUGACGAUCACAUUUGAGAGCCCUGUGUUUGAAGCAUUUAUAGGCAACAUGUAGCAACAGUAUUUACCUUUUCUUUUAGAAGAGGCUAUUAACCCUCAUUUAACAUGGUUGAAAAUUUAAAGCAAUACUAAUUAGCCAAGGAUGGGUUUUUGGCAAUACUGGAGGAAUUAGGCUUCGUUUUUAAAAUCUUCAAUUCAUAUUGCAUAUUUUAUGCUUGGAUUUGGGGAGCUUAAAAAAAAGCUGAUAAUCAUGUGAUUAAAUACCUGAUCAACAGGUAGGAAUAUAAUUUACACCAGCAUAUUUUUGUCAUGGUAGUAAAAUGUCCUAUAAACUAUUUAUACUUUUUUUGUUCUUCAUAAUUAUCUAGUACAUAAGCAUCGUUUGUUCAUUUUUGAAAGGGUAUUUAAAUAAGCAUUUUUUAGUUCAUAUGAAAAUAACCAUAGUACAGAAUGAUCUGUGUCCGUACAAUGUUAAGUUAGACUGUACAGUUAAUUAGCUGUUAUAUUUAUGGUACUGUUACAUGGGGUAAUACCUUUUUUCUUUUAAGCCCAAUAUAUAUAUUAUGCCUGCCUAAGUUUUGAACUGGGGCUAUAUUUUCAGUAGUUGUAGAAUUAUUGGUAUUAAUUAGUUUUGAUAGUUAACGUCUGGUUUAGAUCUGCACAAUUUGGUUUUUGCACAGAAAUCAUUUCUAAAAAUCUGAAUAAUUGCCAAAUAUUAGAAGAAAGACGUUCUUCAAGAAUACAGGUUUUAGUCAAAGUGGCCAUUACCUCCUCUUUUUCUGUAAUAAUACAGACACUUGAAUAAGUUGUGGUCAUGUCAUAUGCCAAGAAAAAUCUUUUCAUUGGUGCCUAUACUGUAACAAUUACUUUUAACACAUUGUAUUUUGAAGUAAUGGUUCAGUUGAAAUGUUCACCUGCUAUGGAACUGAAAGUCAAUUACAGUUUAUAAUCUAUAGAGGUCUAGGAAUAAUUUUGCAACUCAUGUCAUGGGUUAAAUGAAUAUUUUUGUAAAAGCAAAGGUAAUAAAUUUAUAAAUUGAUUAUUUGAAACUUGACAACACAGCCACAUCAUGAGUAGGAAUUAUAUUGCUUAUUCAUUAUAGUUACUAGUCCUAUAAACUGUUUCUAGGUGAAGCAUACUCCAGUGUUGUGGGGGGGGGUUAAAAAUAAAUAUUUAAAUUUCAUGGUCCUCAGUGUAUGUUUUCUCCAGGGGGGUUAUGGUGUCAUAUUUUAAUUAUUUCAAAUUUUUUCUCUUUUGCCCUUUAAUUUGCUGUUGGAAAUUUAACACCAACGUCUCCAUUGGAAACUAGAAGGUAUUCUUCAUAUUCAAACAUUGAUUAUAGCUACAGUGAAGAUAUGCCCCCCUGUCAUGACGAAAUUAUCGAGAGUCCUCUUUCAGUCAGAAAUGUCCUAGGUUGGACAAUAAGUUGUCUGGUCACCCUAACAAUAGUUUUAUUAGGAAAUCAUAUACAGACUUGAACCAUAUAGCUCUUUGGGGAAAACAGAUUUCACAAAGACUUCCAGAGCUGAGAUGAGAAAUAGCAUAUAAGCCUAAAGGAAUUUGAGUUUUUCCUAGAGAAAAAGUCGAAGAUGAGCUUAAUAUAGCUUUGAGGAUCUAUAGGAUUAACACAUACAUAACUGGACUUCAAUAUAUUCUUACUAUUAAAUAGCUUUAUCUUGGGGAGCCUGGGAGUCAGUUAAGCGUCCGAAUCUUGAUUUUGGCUCAGGUCAUGAUCUCAUGGUUCAUGAGAUAAAGCACCACAUCAGGGUCCACGCUGACAGCACGAAGGCUGCUUAGGAUUCUCUCUCUCCCUCUCUGUCUCUGCCCCUCCCAUGCUCGUGCUCUCUCUCUCUCUCAAAUAUAGAUAGAUUUGUGAGUUACUGGGUAGGAUUCAAGGAGCAGGGAAAAAAGUGCUAAAAUGAGGGAAAGGACUAGAGAAAGGUAUGUUAAAAGGAUAUUUUCUGAUAUAAGGAUGAGGAAAGUAAGAAAACGAUUCCAUGCAUCUUUUCUCCAUUAAGUCAUGUAUAAAAAUAGCUUGCUUAUGUAAUUGCAUCAUUUGUUUGAAGUUAGUACCCAACAUUGUCCUGUAAAUAUGUUGUACUUAACAUUAAAAUCAAUAAAUGAAGUUCUCAGAUGGAA